AUGGAUGCUGCUGCAUUCACGACGUCAUUCGACGCGAUUGUGUCACUGAGCAAUACGGAGGGGCCGCGGCAGAAUGUCCUCGAGCCCAAGUUUGUGGCGAGGGAGCAGAUGCAGGCGUUAAGGGAGUCCGUGACGAAUGCAUACAAGGAUGCAGCCUCUCUGCAAGCGCUGGGUCAGCUUUGCCGCUGCUACGUCUUCAUUGGUCUCAAUAUGCUGGAGACGGACGAGGAGGCGGACGGCGUGGUGGAGCUACGCAAGGCGUACACUAUGACGCUGGCGGGUGCAAAGGGGCAACUUCUCGGCAGCGUUAUUGAUAUUGCAGCGCACCCGUUGGAAGAGAUAAUCAGGAAUGAGCUACCGUACGUUGAUGCUGAGCACGAUUACAUCUUUGUUGCAGAGUUUAUGCGUGUGCACAACGCAUUGGGCCUGUACAUGUCUAACCGUGACACAGCAUUGCGGAUCAACGACGCCAAGCAGGUUCUUCACCUUGCCGAGAAGGCGUAUAAAGAGUGGAAUUGCUGGUUCCUCUCACGCCCUGGCAGUUGUGUCAUGAAGGAUAUUCCUGUUCUUGACGAUGGCACUCUUGAUCGGGCCAACAUUCCCCCUGAAGGGCUGUCAAUGUACACCCUGCGGUUUGAAAUGGAUACCGCGUUUACGUCAACGCUGUUUUUCCUGGCACAGGUCUACACCGCGUGUCAGAUGACGGCACUGGCCUCGCGCUAUUGCCACCAUACAUUGUAUUACCAACUGCUCAACAAGAUGGAGUUCUCAAAAAAGGAUUGGGCCACCAACGCGUUGCAUCUCAGUGCGUUUUAUAGCAGUCACUUUGACUACGGCAAGGCGUUGCACUGUCUUCAGGCCGGUGAGAGCAUGAUGCCAAAGGAAAAAGCAGACGAGGAGACUCUGGGCAUCGUAGCCUGGGCGCAUGGAAAGUUUUACCUUCACCGACUGCAUCACUAUGCGGAGGUGCGGCAGCGGAGUGCACCACGUGGACCGCUUCCAGAUGAGUUCGAGUCAUGGUGGGUUGACUUUCCACUCGACAUUUCGCCGCCGCAGCAGCUCCCGGCGAUUGAGACCUUUGAACAGGCCCGCGAUUGUUUCAAGGAAGCCAACAACAGGUUUAACGAGGCGCUCAAGUAUUACCUGUAUGAUGGAAGCUGCACAGAACACAUUGAGAUUACACAGGACAUGGCGCGCCUAUACGCGGCGCUCACUCACUUUGAGGAGAAUCGUAACCGCGUCAUCUCCAUGCACCAGCGCCGCGUCGCUCUCAUUGAGGCCUUCCCAGAUGAUCUGAACUUUAAUGCGUACCCCACAUUAGUCCGCCAGCUGCUCUUUGAUCUCGGUGCGAUGCAUGAGGAGAUUCUUGAACUUCGCAUCCGGCAGAAGGAAGAACCCCGCGAAGACGAGGCACCACUUUCAGACAAGAAAAUGAAUGCCCUCACUGACAAGACGCAGUCAAUGUAUCGACGCUUCUGCGAUACCUGGAAGGACCCACGGACGGGUCAGUUCCCCGAGAAGCUUGAAGAGGAGUCGAGGUUGCCUUUCUUCCGUGCGCUGAUGCGAUUGGCACAGCUCCAGCCGAAGCGGUACUUCAAGGAUCCGAAGGGGGAAUAUGAGAACAUCUCAACCACCAUUACGAUGUUUCAGCAGGCCAUUGACUUCGCUUCAAGAAACCCGAUGGGAAAAGAGGCGGAUGUAGAGGUUAGUCUGUCGCGUGAGAUGGUGGCCCUUCUCCCCAUGAAGCAAAGGGACUUGUGGAUGGCGUACCACAAGGCCACAUGA